CUCACUGGUGCUCUGACACACACACACACACACACACACACACACACAUACACACAACUUCACACGCACACACUCUCAGACAUACUGCAAACUCUCCACAGGAAACUCUGAGCCAUAAUGCGAAGGCACCUCAGAGCAGACGGGUGCAUUGCUCAAACCAAGUGGGAUCCGCUGUGGCUUUGAUAGUGCGUUAAUUACUCAUGUGAUGUGAUACAGAUGUCUGGGGGCUUCAGCCGAAAGUUUGCCUGACGCUUUCCAAGGGGGCCAGGCAGACAUUUUAGAAGAGUGAUAUAUUGGGACAGUCUUUCAAUCAGUGAAAUCAAAGCGCCAAAUGUCUUCCAUAAUGGGCACCCCGGCUGUGCAUAUGUUGCUGCUAAUGGCCUGUAUGGCAGCCAGAGGUAUGUGCCAGACAAACAGAGCAGAAGCAGAGGAGGGCCUCCUCGUCCACUCCACCCUCCACUCUCCGGCUUUCCACAGUACCACCAGCAGUCCCAGCACGGGGCCUGGCCUCUACCUGAAGGCCCGGGGGGCUGAUUCACAAGCUGGGGCACAUGCAUAUGAAGGAAAUCAAACUGUCAUAAAGAUGCCGCUUCCGAUGUGCCAUGAGAAGACGUCUAUAAAGCACUAUUUUAAGUACAUCAACACAAUCAUUUCCAUUUUAGUGUUUGUGGUCGGCCUGGUCGGCAACGCCACCCUGCUGAGGAUUAUUUACCAGCACAAGUGCAUGAGGAACGGGCCCAAUGCCCUCAUUGCCAGUCUGGCAAUAGGAGAUCUGAUCUACAUAGUCACUGAUAUACCCAUCACUGUUUUCAAGCUCCUGGCCGGGCACUUUCCCUUUGACGACAGUCCUUUUGGCAUGUAUCUGUGUAAGCUUGUGCCCUUCCUGCAGAAAGCCUCUGUGGGCAUCACUGUCCUCAACUUGUGUGCCCUCAGCGUGGACAGGUACCGGGCUGUUGCAUCCUGGAGCAGAGUUCAGGGUGUAGGCAUCCCUCUGCUUACAGUCAUUGAGAUUUUGUCCAUCUGGGUGAUUUCACUCUUCCUCGCAGUUCCUGAGGCCAUCGGCUUCGACAUCGUCAGCUUCCCCUACAGGAACCAAACCAUCGUCACCUGCAUGCUCAAACCCAAGACUAAGUUCAUGAAGUUCUACGCAAAUGCGAAAGACUGGUGGUUGUUUGGCUUCUACUUUUGUGUACCAUUGGCCUGCACGGUUAUAUUCUACACUCUGAUGACCUUUGAGAUGCUCAGCCACAGGAACGGCAGCCUUCGGAUAGCCCUCAGUGAGCACCUCAAACAGAGGAGGGAGGUGGCCAAAGCUGUCUUCUGCCUUGUUCUCAUCUUUGCCCUCUGCUGGUUUCCAUUGCACCUCAGCCGAAUCAUUAGGAGGACGGUUUACACCGAGAAUGAUAAGAGUCGCUGCAAGCUGCUCAAUUUACUGUUGGUUAUGGAUUAUGUGGGUAUCAACCUCGCAACAAUCAACUCCUGCAUAAACCCCAUCAUCCUCUACAUUGUCAGCAAGAAGUUUAAAAACUGCUUCAAGUCAUGUUUGUGCUGCUGGUGCUACUCAGACAACCAGCUGAGCAGCAUCGGACCCAUGAAUGGUACCAGUAUCCAGUGUAAGAGCCCAGAGCCCAACAACCUCAACACUGAUCGUAGCAUCAGGAAGGACAGCGACUGAUAUCUCACCUGAGGAAUAUUUUCAAGAACUUCCAUAUAUUCAGCAGCUUUUAAACUACAAUGUAUUCCACCCUAAAGUAUAUACAUCAAAAAGACUAUAAAUUCACAUCCUAAUGUACCACUGAAGCAACAUAUGAAUCUUGGCAAGGAUGAAUUAGGGACUGGAGUCAAAACGAACAAACAAUGGAUUUAGUGCUCUUCAGCUACCAAAGCCUCUCAGCGAGCAAGAAAGACUUCCUUAAGCAAACUCCUGUAUUCCCACACCCAAAGACAGUAAUGCUGUGGCGUGAGAGAAAACAGGAGGAAGUGGGAUGAGAAGGAUGACUACUCUUGAACAGGAUGCAGCUCAAUUGUGACUAUAAAUUACUCUCAAUCUGAAGCUGAGUGUGCUAUUCCUGUAAAGGGCAAUACUACUGGGAAGGAUGCACAAAGCUACAGGAAAGAAAAGCAGACUGUUCGCUGUCAGAGGUAAUGAUUGGACAUGUUCUUUACCCAGGAGUUCACAACUCAUCGACAGUGGAAAACUGGAAAGUAUGUUACUGCUCGAGCAAGGAUUCAUUUCCCAUUAAACACGCAAGCUGUAAAGAAGUUUAUUUUUCAGAUAAUACAUUGAGUAUUUUGUGGUAUAUAUGGAAGAAUUUUGUUCAUUUGCCCCCUGAUUUGCCUCCUUUUACAAUAAUUUUGCAUGUUUCAUCAGGAAAAAUAGGGAAUGUCUUUGAACAAAAUAUGCAUCAUUGAACUUCAAACAUACAAUUGUUGCCUAAUCACAGCCCAAACUUCUUGUUAGUAAUUACUAAAUUUAAAAUUUCACCACAGAAUCAUGUCUGGUGUCAGAAUAAACCAAAUUACACUGGCACAAAAUCUUGUUCAAGGUUGUAUAGGUGUUAGAGCAGAUAAGGCACAACUUUGCAUCCCAUGUCACAUGUCUUGCAAGAUAUAAUAAUGAAGUGAUGAAUUACGACAGGUCUGAUAUCAUAUUAGACUAAAAACUGUGAAUUUAACCAAGUAUAAUCAAUUGUGACUUAAUUGCUUGUAGGCUAUAACCGAUGGAAUAUAAAUGUAUGAAGUGUCCACAGUGUUAUAUUGCAGUAGUAGUAAGUAUUUAACUUGGAACACAUCAGCUGUAUAAUGAUGGAGGCUAAUGAGUUUUAAGUGGCGGUGGUGGUGCUUGACACUAAUCACAAAAUGGAUAGUUUGGCAUUUUGGAAGUCAUGCUCAAUGGCUUUCGCAAAGCAAUAGAUAAUACUGGAAAAAGGGGUGAGCUAGCUAGCUAACAGCUUGCUUAGUAUAUCUAAAUUUAACAAAAUCCAACUACCAACAUCUAGUCAGCUUCAUUUGUAUGAAACCAAAGUGUUAAACUGGCCUUUUGCGUGUUUUUUUAGCCUAGCUCGCUGUUACCUUGAGUUUUCAUUCUUUGGCUUUGCUAGCAAGCAGCUAACUUCCAACAGGAUGUAGCUUCAUAUUUAAAGAGCAUCUUGCAGGUUAUAUACAUGUUUUUUUUUUACCAUAUUAAAACUCAAACCUGUCAGAAAAUGGUUGUUGAUAAGGCCAAAACUUGAUUGAAUAUGUUCUACAAGACAUAAGGACACAAAUCAAGAGGUAAUAGUGGCCAUCUUUAGUAAAGCUGCUAAAAACACUUUUUAUUUGUCAACAUAGCAUCAUAUUACAUCACAUGUGGGACUAGUUUUCUCCAACUCUGCCUUAGCACAACUUUUUGUAGGUAUUCUUUCAGUAAGAUACUGUAUUUAAGUUAUGGAGUGAUUCCUGACAGAUGGGGGGAGACAUUGCGAGUCAUACCGUAGUGUACGGUUUUUGAGAGUUCACAACUAAGAGCAGUGAAGCUACAAUUGAUAAGAAAGGAAAGGAGCAGAUUUAAUGGGGAUCUGUCUGUCUGUUGUGCUCUGUCCCUUUCUCCAGGCUAUAUGGGACUCAAUCUGUCCUGUAUUUAUGUGCACAGCUCAUUAAGAUUUAUAAACUGCGUCUGCACAUGCUGACGUGAUGGGGGAUGUGACUUUUGAGCAGUAGUUAGAGUUAAAAUAAUGCGUAACGCUGAGAAUACAGAUGUUUUCCUGGAUCUGGGGGACAACCACACAGAUCUUUGUGUCCUUUUUUUUGUUUGUUUGGCACCGUAAAACUUACGUACAGAUUUAGAGUUAAAGAAGACAAUAGGAACUGAUACGAGCUGAUAAUCACCUUUUAGUAGGUCUAAUAGUAAUGGGUUAGUUAAAUGUCCCACUUACCACUCCUCAUGAUAGCCAUGUGACAACAAACUUUGCAAAAUUGUUUUACACAGUUUUAGAUAUCACUAGUGAACACUGUCAUUCACCAUGACAACUGCACUGUUCUCCCCUGGUUUUUGUCACACCACAACUCAACUUCUCUCCUAUGGCUAAUAUUUCUCCUAAUCCUGACCUGUUCCUGAUCUUUUUCAUACCUAAACAGGCUCAUGGUUAAAAGCCUGUGGUCUGUUUAAUAUAUAUACAGUACAUAUAAAUAAACUUUUCCCCCCUCUUCAUUCACAUGACAGGCAUGUAGGUCCAUCUAAAUUCAUGUUAAACAUAGCGAAAUGAGCGGGAUUCCCCCAUGUUACGUCACAUCUGGUUGUCUGUUUUUGAUGCAGAAACAAAAGCAAACAUACCAUAAUGAUUCCAGAAGUCACUGACGAUAAAUUUCAUUAAAAAUACAUUUUCCUACACAUUCACUGAGGUCUCCAAACUACAGGUUGCCCUUUAAGAGACAAAAAAAGUAGAACUAAUUUGAAACAAAAACCUCAAAAGAGCAUUAACCAUACCAAAUAGUAGUGAUAGUGAUAGUCAUAUCAAACAACCAUACUGCCUUAUACUGUUUGAUGUGUGAACACAUGUAAACCUGUGUGUGUUUGAAAGUGUGUUAGCAUGUGAUAGCCCUGUGUUUUUAUCUACUUGCACUUCUUUUGUUCGAGUGUUUUUCACACUUGUGUACAGAUGAACAGGCCAUAUCUGUAGUGUUAUUUAACCACUAUUCAUUGGAGCGAUAUUCUGUAAAAAAUGAAAGUGAUAUAACUGAUAUACCAUUAAAUGCUGCUGCUUAAAUUAA